GUGUAACUUGCUUUUGCUGAUACAUUAUGAUGUCGUUCCGGUGCUGGACAUGCGCUGGUGUCCUUUCCUGCCUUCUCGCAUUGCGGGUUGGCGCUCUGCCUUCAGUCAAGACUCCGCUGGGUGUGGCAGAAGGAAUUUUCGCCGCUGACGGAGUGGAGCGUUAUGGGGGCAUCCCGUAUGCUCAGCCGCCACUGGGAAAGAGGCGUUUCGCCGUGGCCGAGCUUUUUGACACUCCGUGGCCCGCAGGGCGUUUGGAUGCUCGCAAAACGGGAGCUCCCUGCAUCAACAACCCUCUUGGAGACCCGCGGUCCAUGCCGCUGGAUGCAGAUUCUCCACCUUCACCCAAUGAGGACUGCUUACAUUUGAAUAUUUGGAGACCUUCCAAUUCAUCGGGGCCGCAUCCUGUGAUGGUCUACAACUUUGGUGGUGGACUUUGUAGCGGCUAUGCAGGAAAUCCAUACUUCAAUGGCUCAAAGUUUGCCAUUGAGCACGGCGUUAUCGAUUCUUGGUUCAUGAGAAGCUGA